AUGGGUGGAGCAUCACUACCACCAGGUUUUAGGUUCCACCCAACUGAUGAGGAACUAGUGGGAUACUAUCUUAAAAGAAAAGUGGAAGGGCUUGAAUUUGAGCUGGAGGUUAUCCCUGUGAUCGAUUUGUACAAAUUUGAUCCCUGGGAGUUACCAGAAAAAUCAUUCCUUCCUAGAUGUGACAUGGAAUGGUUCUUCUUCUGUGCACGUGAUCGAAAGUAUCCAAAUGGCUCAAGAACAAACAGAGCUACUAAAGCUGGCUACUGGAAGGCCACUGGAAAAGACCGGAAGGUUGUCUGUCAAUCCACUGUCACUGGGUACCGCAAGACCCUUGUUUUCUAUCGUGGACGUGCUCCUUUAGGCGAUAGAACAGAUUGGAUCAUGCAUGAAUACCGUCUCAGUGAUGAUCUCGCUCAGGGGCCAACAGGUCAUCAGGGAGUUUUUGCUUUGUGCCGUGUUAUUAAAAAGAAUGAGAAUGCACAGAAGACAAAUGAUUCCCAUGGAGAGCCUAAGGCCAAGAGGGUUGGAAGUGCUUCGAACAGUGGGGAGGAUUUGAGCUCAACAAGAAUCUCAAACGAGCCCUUGAACAUCUCUGAUGAUUUAUCCUCUCAACCGAGUUACCAGCAUAACGAGAGUCAUUAUUCAAGCCAUGUUACUUCUCCAUAUGAAGUUAAUCCAAUGGCAGAGUUUGAGCCAACUUCAAGAGAGACCAACCCUGCAGACUUCUGGGUCUCGCCUGAUUUUAUUCUUGAUUCUUCGAAGGACUACCCACAGUUACAAGAAGCUAUGCCUAAUUACUUUCCACAAUACAAAAGUGCAAUGGCAUCAUGGCAGUCAUAUGAAAACACAGAAUCACCUUAUUCCUCAUACUCAAAUUUCACAGGAGACGUAACAAUGGCCGAUAAUGAGAAUCAAGUAGCCGACAUGUCACCUUUCUCUGGACACACAGGCUACAUGGGCUAUUAUGGGAAUGAGGAAAUGCAAUUUGAAGGGUCUGAAAACCAAACUCCAAUUUGUAUGCAAGUUAGCAUAGAUGUUUGGGGGAACUUGGAGAACUUUGGUCGCAGGAAGACAACAUGGUCAUUGUGA